AUGAUCAUAGACCUGUCUCUGGUCUUGUCCUCGGUGGGAAAGAGCAGUGUAGAGGGUGUCUGCGAUGGCGUAAUCUGUGGACAAACUGCAGGGGGUCCAGAGAAGUCAGGGAGGGUGGUGGUGAUGAAUGUUUUGAUUAACCGCUCAAAGCACUUCAUCAUGAUUAAAGCGAGUGCCAAGUCUGUCAGGUUGGUGGGAAGAAACAGUCUCUGUGCAGGAACACUGGAGCUGAAACAUCAGGGAGACUGGAGACCACUCUGGGGCUAUUACUCUCUCUGGACCCUGAAGGCAGCAGCAGACUCUGUCAAGCUGCUGGAUGGGACUAGUCUGUGCUCAGGCAGACUGGAGGUGAAGUCUAACCGGUCGUGGUCCUCAGUGUGUGAGGCUGACUUUGACCAGCAGGAUGCAGCGGUGGUGUGCAGGGAGCUUGGCUGUGGGGCUCCUUCAGUCCUCCAGGGGGCGCUCUAUGGAGAAGUGGAGGCUCCAAUGUGGACCAAAGAGUUCCAGUGUGGAGGCCAUGAGUCUGCUCUCCUGGACUGUAGAAGCUCAGGCUCAGAGAGAAACAUCUGCUCACCUGGCAGAGCUGUUAGCCUCACCUGCUCAGAGCCUGAUGAUGUUAAGUUGGUGGGAGGAGACAGUCUCUGUGCAGGAACACUGGAGCUGAAACAUCAGGGAGACUGGAGACCACUCUGGGGCUAUUACUCUCUCUGGACCCUGAAGGCAGCAGACGUUGUCUGCAGACAGCUGGACUGUGGCUCUGCUGUUUCUGUAGGACAGAGAGAGGAGUCCUCACGCAGAUCUGUGUGGUGGAUCAGUCCUGACUGUGUUCAGUCUGGAUCUGCUCUGAGGGAGUGUGCUACAUCAUUUUCCUCUUCUAACAUCCUGAAUCUCACCUGCUCAGAUCCAGCACCUUUUACCAUCCGAGCCGUCGUCCUGCUGCUGGCUCUGCUGCUGCUGGCUCUGCUGCUGCUGCCCAUUGGUUCCCACUGA